GGAUAAGCCCCUUCCUCAGCCGCUCGUUGCUUCUCAGUCCGACAGAACAGCACGUGAAAGCCCAGGCCUCCCUCCCUCCCUCUCCCCACCUGCUGGAAUCCGCGGCCGCUGCCUGCAAGGGUGACCUUGCUUGAGCCCGUCUUCCUUCUUCCUCAGCUAGGCACCCGUGCCCAUCUUCAGUCCACCUAGCCAUGCCUACGACGAUGGCGGCGGCGGCGGCAGCGUCUGCUCCAAGCUCGCUCCGCGUUUCGCGCCAGGGGACGAUCGGGGGAGGCCAUGUCCUCUACAGCAGGUCUCAGAGGGCUGCCACUGUCUCCGCCAGAGCUUCCAUGAACAUAACGUGCUGCGCGAACCAGACGCAGACGGCGCAGCGCAAGUCGUAUUCGGGGACGACCUCUCCGCCGUCAGGUUCAGUGAAAGAGAAGGUGAAGCCGAGGCUCGACGACGGGGGCGUCGGGUUUCCGCCGUUCCGGUUCGGGGGAGGCGGAGGAGGAGGCGGCGGCGGCGGCAGCAGCUCGUCCGGCGGGUUCAUCCUCUUCGUGGUCGUCCUGCUCCUGGAUUACCUCAAGGAGUUCGAGAGGAACCUGCAGAACGGGCCACGGAGGAGCGGCGGUGGCUACGACGACGGGCUGGCGCCACAGUAGAUUCCUCUCUCUUUCUCGGUGUGUGGUUUGAAUUUUGGAAGAGAACGUGUGCUACGACUCUACACGACCAUGUGUUGCAGAGAUGCUUCGGUGUUCGUUGGUGUGAUCUCUCUCUCUCUUUUUUUUUUUUCCUACAAAAGACAGUUUUUCUCGAGGGCUCAUGUGAGGACUAGAAAUUUUAGCCAGUCGAACGAAUGCCUUGAGAUCACACAAUGAAACUCAUUGGCGCUUCGAAAGUUUGAAUAAAUUUCAAAGAAUCUCCUCAGUCCCUGUUUGGAUAA